AUGUCUGCUCCUGCACCAGUUCUAGCUCGAGAGAGGAACAUUAGGAAAGGCCCAAAUUUAAACAUAGUUUUAACAUGCCCAGAGUGUAAAGUCUAUCCACCCAAGAUCGUCGAAAGAUUUAGUGAAGGUGAUGUUGUAUGUGCAUUGUGUGGUUUAGUUCUAUCCGAUAGGUUGGUUGACACUCGUUCGGAAUGGCGUACAUUUUCCAACGAUGAUCAAAACGGUGAUGAUCCAAGUCGUGUUGGUGAAGCUUCAAAUCCUUUAUUAGAUGGUAACUCUCUAUCUACAAGAAUCGGAUCGGCCGAAGGCAGUGAUGCUAGGACUACAAGAGAUCUAAAUAGAGCACAAGGUAAAAAUGUCAUGGAUAAAAAGGACAACGAAUUACAAGCUGUGUUUGCUAAGCUUACCAUGUUAUGCGAUGCGGCAGAAUUACCAAAGAUCGUUAAGGAUUGUGCUAAGGAAGCAUAUAAGUUAUGUUAUGACGAAAAGGCAUUAAAGGGUAAGUCAACAGAAUCUAUUAUGGCAUCUGCGAUUUUAAUUGGAUGUCGACGUGCUGAAGUCGCCAGAACUCUUCGAGAAAUUCAAUCGAUUAUUCAUGUCAAGACCAAAGAAUUUGGUAAAUCCUUGGGGAUCAUGAAAGGAAUUCUUAGAGAAAAAUCCUCGGAUGGUAUCAUUAAAAUUGAUACUAAUAAUAUGAGUGGUGCCCAAAACUUGCCAUAUAUCCCUCGUUUCUGUUCGCAUUUGGGUCUACCGAUGCAGGUCACUACUGCAUCAGAAUAUACUGCUCGUAAAUGUAAGGAAAUCGAAGAAAUUGCCGGUAAAAGUCCAAUUACUAUCGCUGUGGUUUCCAUAUAUUUAAACAUUUUACUGUUCAAAUUACCAGUAUCUGCAGCUAAAGUCGGUCAAAUUUUACAAGUUACUGAAGGUACCAUUAAAUCUGGUUACAAAAUUCUCUACGAAUACAAGGAAAGGGUGGUGGAUCCACAACUGAUUAAAAACGGAGUUGUUUCUCUGGAUAAUCUGCCUAAAGUUGACAAGGACAAAAAUACAAAAACUGAGAAGAAGCGGGAAUGA